GUUCAGUCAAGUUUCAGUCAUUUUUAGAGUAUUUUGAUCGAUUGGGGUGGAAUGCGACAAGAUACUAUCAAAGCAUUUUAAGCAUUGUUUGGCCAAUAACUUCCAGACAACCUUCCUUCGGGAUACGUUGUGAAGUUGGGCCCAGCUGAUAAUAGCUUAUACAGACCUGUCACAAUGAGCAGCGAGCCCUGUGCGUUCUGCGAGGGGAGCUCACGGUACGUGUGCCCGCGCUGCGGGGUGCCGUACUGCUCGGUGACGUGUUACCGGUCUGGCCGGCACCAGCGCUGCUCGGAGGGCUUCUACCGGGACUGCGUGCAGCAGCAGCUGCGCGCCGAGCACGCCGACCCGGCGCUGCGCCGGCGCACGGAGGAGGCGCUGGCCCGCCAGGCGCGCCUGCAGGCCGCUCAGGAGCGCGGCGAGGAGCCGCCCGGCGACCAGUCCGACGAGCCGCCCGGCGACCAGUCCGACGAGCCGGUCGACUCGGACGACAGCGACGCGGAGGAGGAGCUGGCCGAGCGGCUGCGCGGCGUCGACCUGGACGACUCGGAGGCGGUGUGGGCGCGCCUGACGCCGGCCGAGCGCGACGAGUUCCGGCGCCGCGCCGCCGCCGGCGAUAUCGCCGCCGAGCCCUGGCGGCCCUGGUGGACGGUGCGCGCCGAGCGGCCCAAGGUGGCCGAGCUCGGCGCGGAGCCGACGCCCGAGUUCGUGACGGCGGCGCCCGCGCUGCUGACGCACGUGCCGCCGCUGACGGCGCUCACCAAACAGACGCCGUCGCCACUCGUCGUCAACUCGGUCAUCAAUGUGCUAUACGCGUACGCGCAGCUGCGGCUUCUGUGGGACGGCGACUGGACCGGCGCCGCGCUGCCGGUGGCCGACGCGCUGUGCCGCAUCUGCGGCUGUCUGGCGCGCGGAGAGGUCAUGAAGACAUCGCGCGACGCUGUCGACGCGGUGGACUUUUGUCUCGGUGAGAGCGGGCUGGAGUGUGACGCGGCGCUGCGGCGGCAGUCGCGGCAGGCGGUGCAGCAGCUGCUGACCGGGCCGUGCACCUCGGACGCCGGCUGGUACGUGCUGGCGGCGCUCUCCGACCUCUGGCGGCUGCUCGAGGAGGCGCUCGGAGAGCUGAGGGCCGGCCGGCACCGGGAGCGGUCGCAGCCGGCCAGCUUCGGUCGCGAGUUCGGGACGGCCGCCGCCGCCGCUCCGGCGGUCUCCCGCGCCGAGCUGCGCCGGAUGCAGCGCAAACUGGACUACUUGUUCGCCUGGAGCCGGAGUAACGAGCAGGUGCUGGCGGAGCGCGCCGCCGGACCCCAGGCGAAGACGGAGGUGGUGGUUCCCACAGCCGGCUCGGCCAGUGGCGACUGAGUGACCUACGGUCUCAGAGUUGGUGAUAUCCGCCGGCUGGUCAGCCAAAUAAUGGUGACGGACCGCCACCGGCGUACGUACGUACUUAGCGUGUCACAUCGACGGCCAAAUGACGGUAAGCGACGGGCGUCAAUCAUCUUCAUUGCAAAGUCAGUAAUUCUUCGGUGCGACCGCCAUCUGCAUUUUUAAAUGUGUUUAAAGUUUAUUG